CUCACUUCCGCCCGCGGGGGAGCGGCGGCGGUGGCGGCGCAGGAGACCGGUCCGGGGCGCCGAGGGAUUGACGGGCGGGCGGCCGGGAGCCAUGGAGCGCGGCCCCGGGGCCGGGGGGCGCAGGCCGCGGCGGCUUUCCUUCUGUGCCACAUGGACACGCGAGGCUGCGAGGCUCCUGAGGGCUCAGCUUGGACCGCGAUGGGGCUGUGCCACGGCCUCCUAACGGGGCUUUUGUCUGGGGCAGUGGCCGGGGGUCGCCCUGUCCCCUGCCUGUGUCUCCGAGCACCCCCAGCCCUCCCCUGCCGGGUGAGGCCCGCCCCGGCACCCGGCCCCCGCCAUGAACGGCCUGUCAGUGACCGAGCUUUGCUGCCUCUUCUGUUGCCCGCCCUGCCCCGGCCGCAUUGCCGCUAAGCUCGCCUUCCUGCCUCCGGAGCCCACCUACUCGCUGGUGCCUGAGCCUGAGCCCGGGCCUGGUGGGGCCGGGGCUGCCCCCUCAGGGAACCUGCGGGCCUUGGCUGGCACCCCUGGGCGCUGGAAACUCCAUCUGAUGGAGCGCGCCGACUUCCAGUACAGCCAGCGUGAGCUGGACACCAUCGAGGUCUUCUUGACCAAGAGCAGCCGGGGCAACCGCAUCUCCUGCAUGUACGUGCGCUGUGUGCCUGGUGCCAGGUACACAGUUCUCUUCUCACACGGCAACGCAGUGGACCUGGGCCAGAUGAGCAGCUUCUACAUCGGCUUAGGCACACGCAUCAACUGCAACAUCUUCUCCUACGACUACUCUGGUUACGGCGUGAGCUCCGGCAAACCCUCUGAGAAGAACCUGUACGCUGACAUUGACGCUGCCUGGCAGGCCCUGCGCACCAGGUACGGCAUCAGCCCGGACAGCAUAGUUCUGUACGGGCAGAGCAUCGGCACGGUGCCCACGGUGGACCUGGCCUCGCGCUACGAGUGCGCCGCUGUGGUGCUGCACUCGCCGCUCACCUCGGGCAUGCGCGUCGCCUUCCCCGACACCAAGAAGACCUACUGCUUUGACGCGUUCCCCAACAUCGAGAAGGUGUCCAAGAUCACGUCGCCGGUGCUCAUCAUCCACGGCACGGAGGACGAGGUGAUCGACUUCUCUCACGGGCUGGCCCUCUACGAGCGCUGCCCCAAGGCCGUGGAGCCUCUGUGGGUGGAGGGCGCCGGGCACAACGACAUCGAGCUCUACAGCCAGUAUCUGGAGCGCCUGCGCCGCUUCAUCUCCCAGGAGCUGCCCAGCCAGCGCGCCUAGCCUAGUGGCCGGCCCGAGCCGCGCCGGGACCUCAGCAAUAAGGCGGCGCCCGGACCCUGCCCCGGCCCCGGGGGCUGCAUGUGAACCCCCGGGCGCCCCACGCCCUAGAGGCAGCCGGCCGGCAGGGGUCGGGACCUGCCCCGGCCCCUGAGCCGUGGACAAUGUACGGGUGACGGAGCUAUGCGCACCUUUCCUUUUGGAAGCAAAACGAAGGAAAAACGUGAAAACAAAUUAAAGAUUUAAAAUUUUAA